GGAUCAUCAUCAUGAAGCUCUUCCACAAGUUCCGAAAGAUUCUCAUGAGGCUCAUCGACUUCACUCUUCCUUGCUCCUCCCGCCGACAUAAGAACUCCGGCGAGGGAGAGAGGUUUGAGCCGCCGAAGAUAUCCUGCAGUAGUUCUUACUAUUCCUCUCACGUACACUACAAUGAAGCUAUCGCAGAUUGCAUAGAGUUCUUUAAUAAGUCUUCCGCUAUGUCUUGUGAUGCGGAUCAUGGAGGUCGUCAUGUAGAGGAUCGUGACUGUUUUUACGUUUAAUCACAUCUCAAAAGCUCACAUGUUUCUUUUUUUUUUUUUUGGUAUAACAUUUGAUUCGAGGCUUUGCUUUUAUUUUGUUUUAUUUGAGUUGUUGUGAUUUUGAAACACUUAUAUUAUAUGGCCAUUUAUAAGUUAUCCACAUUUUUAGGACUAUAGUUUUCUUAAAACUUUCUAGAAUUUUCAUAGUUUUCAAACUAUCAUACUUUGAAAAGAAAUGGAUGUAACUAUGUGAACAUUUUUUAGGAGUCUGGUUUUCUUAGAUUUUUCUAGCAUUUCCAUCUAGGUUGAAAUACUCAUAUAUUGGAGAUUGUAGCUAAGUUUCUCGAGUUUUCAAAAUUGUGAAUUCAAUCAUAAUUAGGGUGAUCAUACCAACACUAAUUAUGCAUUAUUAUUUCAGAAAAACUCUGCAAUUAAAGGGCAAGAAUAAUAUUAGAAUCAGUGAUUUCCCAGAAAAUUCUCGUGUUGCACCAUUUCUUAAACCAACGAAGAAUUGCUAAUUUUUUUAGUAUACCUAAUAUAAAUCUAAAUAGUCACAAGUUUGAUCUUGUUAGGAGUUAUCCUGUUAGGAGAACUUGUUUUCCAAAUGAGAGUUAUUUUAAUACGGUUUAUAAG